AAAAAUGCCAAAUUUAAUAUCAAUUACAUUUAAUUCAUUUUCUUUUCCAUAUUUUGAAACAACAAAAGAUUCAUCUAUAAGCGAUGAUAAAUUACAAAAAAUUGAUAUAACAUUAGAUAGUGUAACUACUGUUCAAUUCGAAGAUGAAUCAAUGAAAGAUAUUAAACAAUGGAUACUUGAUAUUUUACCAAAUUUAAAACAUUUAGUUUUAUCCGGUACGACUCAAUUCUUUCCACAAGUGGAUAAAAGAAUUGAAAGAUUAAAGAUACUUAAUUUAUAUGCUCUUUCCGAUAUGUUAAAACUAGGUUAUAUUUAUUUUCCCAAUCUACAACAUGUCGAAAUACAAUUCUUCUUAGAUUCGGAAUUAAAUUUAGAUAAUUAUGCAUCAUAUUGUGUUAUGGAAAUGUUGAAAAGUUUCAAACACUCGAAGACUUUGAUGAUUCACUUUUAUUGGCGUAGUGAAGAUGGUUGGUAUCAUAUAUCAAUAGCUGAUUUGAGCAAAAUGAUUGCCAAGUUAGAUAUAAAUGAAAUUUUGAAAACUUUUGAAAUGAAACAUUUUUAUAAUUUUCUUCAAUUUAUCAAAAAAGAACAGUAA